AUGAUAUUGGUAUGCAUAUGCUGCAAGAGUUGCAAAAACCCGCAGGGCCUGAAGAUUCACCAGGCCAAGAUGAGGUGUGCAGUGAGGAUCUUGAGGGUCAUCUGGAGGAGAGGGAAGGUGGCCCAACAGUGGAGAUACACAGAAGGGGUAUGGAUUCCAAAGGAGGAGAACUCAACCAUCAUCAAGCAGUUCAGGACAACCUCGCUGCUCAGUGUCGAGGGGAAGAUAUUUUUCAGUAUCCUUGCCCAGCAGCUGAAUGAGUACCUCCUGGAGAAUCUGAAGAAGAAAGUGAUGUCUGGAGAGAUAGCAGACAGCCAGAAAAGAAGGCACCCAGGAGAGAGUCUGCUGCAGUAUAGAGAGUCCAAUGAUCUGAAAGUCUCCCAGGCUGGCAUUGAGGUGAGGACCGGAAGAAAGUGGAGGGCAAUAAAAGCGGAAUUACAAAUGUGCCACAGAGUGCUGGUGGGAUCUGUGGCAGUUGGCCGAAGAAGAGUGAGCAGCAUUCCAUCAGCUGACUAUAAGGCCAAGGGGAAAGAGGGGUGGGACCUGGUCCAGAAGGAAGUGAGAGCUGGGGUAGAGGAUCUGAGGGUAAGCCAGAUGGUAGGGCUGUGUCAGCAGACUGCAUGGACCAAAUGGGAUCAAGCAACAGAGUGCAAGAUCACAUGGACGGAAGGCAGAGUUCCUCAUCUGGUUGGUGUAUGAUGUCCUAACCUUUUCUGUUGGCGCAAAGCUGAAACAUAAUUAUAUCCUUUGUGCCAUGGAAGAGGGACACUGGAGCACAUCCUCAGCAGCUGCCCUAGAGCACUAGCUGAAGGUCACUACCUCUGGUGCCACAACCAAGUGCUAACCAGUGUUUGCCAGUUGAUGUGUGUGUGGGGGGGUUCUUUGCAGGGAAGUCACUGUGCAAGGCCUGUAGCCUUCUGGGCAUCACUAGAGCUCAGAAAAGGCAAGUCAUCAGGAGAGCUUCCGAAGCUGCACAGAUUUUUGUGA